GAAGAUGAUAUGAACACUUGAAAGAAAUAGGAUAUUUACCUGGAAGAGGACCGCCUGAGCGCAAAGGACAAGAACAGUCUUGGCUGCCAUUUUAAAUCGUUGUAUUUGCUGAAUGCAAGUCACAACUUGAUAAUGAUGUUCAAUUCCAAAAAACUGUCUUUUAUAUUGACCUCUUUAUCAAAGUUAAGUAAUACUGCAAUAACAAUUGUAAAAUAUAGGUAAUAUUAUAUUGUAUAAUAAGAAAUUAUUCCAUCAUUAAUAUCAUGAAAAGUCACGUCUUUAUAAUUGCGUGUUUUUGAUAACGCAUAACUAUUUCAUAUAGCACCUUAUGUAAUAUUUUUUGUUGAGUAUAUAAGGGUUGGUUUUUUUAUUGUUCAUCAUUCAGUUUUCAGCUCCUCGUUGAACACAAACAUCAAACAUGUCUCCCUUCGCUGUCGUGUUCCUCUGCAUCCAAGCUUGCUUGGUACAGACUGUGUUCAGCCAGUGUCUCGGCUCAUACGCACCUGCCACCAUCAUCGCCCCCGCCGCUCUCUCCACCGCCGCUCCCUGCGGCUCUGGUCUUGGCUACGGCGCUGGACUAGCUGGGCUCGCCUACCCUGCCGCUGGCUUGGCUGGUGCUGGUCUGGCUGGCCCCUUCGGAUUGGCUUCUGGUUUGGGUUAUGACGGACUCGCCUACCCUGGUGCUGCCGGUUACGGCUCUGGAGUCGCCGCGUACGGCGGCGCCGGUGAAGGCAACGUGGCGGUCGCUGGUGAGCUGCCAGUCGCCGGUAACACCGCUCUGUAUGGACAGGUGCCCAUCAUGGGCGCUGUGAGCUUCGGCGGUGCUGUGCCGGCUGCUGGUGCCGUGUCUAUCAGCGGCAACUGUGCUUGCGGCUGCGGCAACCAAUACGUGUACUAAUAAGAAUAUUCUGUA